CCUUCCCCCGCCUCCAAUGCAAACACUAACUUUUUAAACUAAGCUUCAGUUAUUAAUACCUGAACCCCAUCCAUACUACACAAUGUCCGCCGAAACCUCCUCCACCUCGCCCAUUCCCGUCGAGAAGCUCACCAGUAUCGCGACGGAGGCAUGCGAGACCGCUCUCAACGCCGUAGAAGGCUACGAGCACGCCAAAGUCGGCGACUGGAACUCCCAGAUCAUUAACACCAUCCUUAAAGCCCUCAUCACAGCUACAACCCCCUCCGCCGACACCGCCCCUCCCUUCCGCUUCACGGUAAACAGCACCAUCGUCCAACAAGGCCUCAUCGACAAGUCCGCCGCCGCAGACGGCAACCCCUCCAACACCGGCAAGCGCGGCAUGCACUCCGCCUCGGGCGCCUACUGGGACGUCAACCGCGACGGCAUGUGGACCUUCAAGUACCCUGGUGCUGAGGAGCGGGGGCUGGAUGUGGUUAUUAGCGUUACGUGGUUUGCGCUGGGUUGAGGGUUGAUAUCUAGGCUUCUUGGUUGACGCUGUUUACUUUGUCGUAUAUUGUUUGUUGCGUCUGUAUCUAUCUGUCUAUCUGUGUUGUCAGAAGCGUGCAUAUAUGCGCUGUGUGUUGAGCUGGUUUGCAUAGUUGCGGCUUUUCUUUGAUAUUGUUACUGUAUUAUUGUUAUUUCAGUUCCCGCUGUUACUUUUAUUGGGAUAUUCGGCAUAUGUCACUUUACUUUCGGUGUAUCUCCUGAAAGAGUUAUACAUAAUAGAC